AUGAUUGCCGCAGAUUUUCUUUCAAACACUAAACGAGUUGUCCAGGCUAUCGAGCUGUGGAACGAGUGCUUAAUACUACUAAACAACAAAACCUUAGAAAACGAACAUGAACUUGCCACGAUAGUGAGUAUAGCGCUGUAUAAGAAGCUGUUUUAUGGAAAUGCUGCUGUUACGAAACUUUCACCAGCUAUAGAAUCUGGCAAAAAGCUUUUAGUCCUACUUCGUAAUCGUAAGAGAAAAAAAGAAGAAGGUAACACGGCCUUGAUGUUAUCAAAACUGUACUUCCAAAAAAGUGAAUACCAGGAAGCACAAGCAUUCCUCAAAAUUGCACUCUGCGUUUACAAAGAAAUCGAAGACAAAGACGGAGAGGCGUCAUGCUUUUUAAGCCUGGGAGCUGUGUUUAGCUCUGUCGGUGAAUAUGCCAAGGCUAAAGAAUAUCUUCAUAAAGCACUUACCAUCAAGACAGAAAUUGGCGACAAACACGGAGAAGCGUCAUGCUACGGAAACCUAGGAAGUAUGUUUCGAUCUGUCGGAGAGUAUGCCAAGGCUGAAGAAUAUCUUCAUAAAGCACUUACCAUUAACACAGAAAUUAGCGACAAACAAGGAGAAGCGUCAUCCUACAUGAACCUAGGAAAUGUGUUUCAAUCUGUCGGAGAAUAUGCCAAGGCUGAAGAAUAUCUCCAUAAAGCACUUACCAUCAACACAGAAAUUGGCGACAAACACGGAGAAGCGUCAUGCUACAUAACCCUAGGAACUGUGUUUGAAUCUGUCGGAGAGUAUGCCAAGGCUGAAGAAUAUCUUCAUAAAGCACUUACAAUCAGCACAGAAAUUGGCGACAGAGACGAAGAAGCCACAUGCUACAGAAACCUAGGAGCUGUGUUUCAAUCUGUCGGAGAAUAUGCCAAGGCUGAUGAAUAUCUUGAUAAAGCACUUACCAUCAGCACAGAAAUUAGCGACAGAAAGGGAGUAGCGUCAUGCUACAGAAACCUAGGAGCUGUGUUUCAAUCUGUCGGAGAAUAUGCCAAGGCUGAAGAAUAUCUUCAAAAAGCACUUACCAUCAACACAAAAAUUGGCGACAAACACGGAGAAGCGUCAUGCUGCAUAAACCUAGGAGCUGUGUUUGAAUCUGUCGGAGAAUAUGCCAAGGCUAAAAAAUAUCUUCAUAAAGCACUUACCAUCAAGACAGAAAUUGGCGACAAACACGGACAAGCGUCAUGUUACAUAAACCUAGGAAAUGUGUUUGAAUCUGUCGGAGAAUAUGCCAAGGCUGAAGAAUAUCUUUAUAAAGCACUUAUUAUGAGCACAGAAAUUGGCGACAGAAAGGGAGAAGCGUCAUGCUACAGAAACCUAGGAGCUGUGUUUCAAUCUGUCGGAGAAUAUGCCAAGGCUGAAGAAUAUCUCCAUAAAGCACUUACCAUCAACACAGAAAUUGGCGACAGAAAGGGAGUAGCGUCAUGCUACAGAAACCUAGGAGCUGUGUUUCAGUCUGUCGGAGAAUAUGCCAAGGCUGAAGAAUAUCUUUAUAAAGGACUUACCAUGGAGACCGAAAUCGGUAACAAAGACGGAGAAGCGGCAUGCUACAUGAUACUAGGAACUCUGAUAUUUAAGGCUGGUGAAUGUGAGAAGGCUCAAAAAUAUUUUGAGAAUGCUCUUGAAAUUAGCAGGGCGACUGGAAACAUCGCUUUGCAAUUUGAAACUUCUCUUGUUCUAAAUGAGUGUUCUUUUAAAAUAACAGGAAACAUAUCUGAAGCCUUAUCCAAUCUCUGGACAAGUAUUCAAAUUUGCGAAAAAAUGCUUAUUUCUCUAGGAAGCAAAGAUCGCCACAAUAUAUCAUUUUUUGACAAAAACGCGUCUCCCUAUCGGCUGUUUUGUUCAUUGAGUUGUUCUAGUGGGAAACCCUAUGAAGCUUUACACGUUGCUGAACUUGGACGGGCCAGAGCUCUA